AAUGUUUUAACAACAACCCCUCACUUUACGUCAGCAAAACCAAAGAGCUGAUUAUUGAGUACAGGAGGAGGAAACCAGAGGUCCUUCUGCCAGUCCUCAUCGGGAGAUCGGAGAUGGAGAGGGAAGAAUGUAUCAGAUCACACUCAAGAAGGAACAGCUGGGGUAUGUUGGCUGCAGCAAGGAAGAAAUGGAAAAUGCCAAGCUUUGUCCAUGACUCGGGUUGAUCGAGAGGAAUGUUGCACUAGUGGAAGUGCCCAGGCUGCAUGGACAAAUCAGGACAUACCAGAAAGUGAUAUCUUAAAACUUAUAAUUCUUGGUGGAGUGAAUUGCUACCCAUGUCACAAAACCUGUGACGGUGUGGACUGUGGACCGGGGAAGAUCUGCAAAAUGAACAAACAUAAUAAGCCAACAUGCAUCUGUGCGCCUGACUGUUCAAAUGUCACAAAGAGAGUACCUGUAUGCGGAACUGACGGUAAAAUCUACAAGGAUGAAUGCAGCCUCCUUUUGGCCAAAUGCAGAGGAUUGCCAGAACUAGAAGUACAGUAUCAGGGAGAAUGCAAAAAGUCUUGCACGCAGGUUUUGUGCCCGGGAACCUCUAUGUGCGUGAUAGACCAGACUCACAGUGCGCACUGUGUGAUGUGCAGAGUGAUGCCGUGUCCGGAACCAUUGUCGUCUGAGCAGGCGCUCUGUGGCAACAACGGGGUUACCUACCAUAGUGUCUGCCACCUGAGACGUGCCACUUGUUUGCUGGGAAAAUCCAUUGGUGUUGCCCACUAUGGAAGAUGUAACUCCUCUGAAGAAGGAAUGAAGCAGAAAGGAUACAAUCAAGAAAACACGGUGUUUUCAAAACUCCUCGGAUGGUAGUUCAUAAGCGAAUGAAGAUAUUAUUAGCAGAGAAGAAAAAGACAUUGGGUAAAAAUUCCUCUGGUUCGUAAGGUAGUCCCUUUGCUACCUGAGUGUGAACACAUGGUCAGAAACAAAACAACCAUUCACUUCUUCCCACCGAUUAUGUGUCUGAUUUGUUGGUGCAUGCAUUCACAGACCUAGGGCUUGUGAGUUUUUAUUUCCAUUCCAACAUCUCAGUAAUUAAAAUAGCUUCAGGUUGGACAUCACGUUUGCAUUCUUAUAAUGCUGUAAGCAGAGCCAAAAGAAUCACACAGGACCUGGAAAGAAAGAGUAUUACAGUGAACUGCUCUACAUUAAAGUCUAGAGCAGGAGUUCCCAACAGUUUUGAGCCAUCGACCAAUACCAUAAGCAAGGGGUCUGUGGACUCCAGUUGGGAGAUCCUGGUCUAUCGUGACAUGGAUGGAAGUGUUAGAGUCAUCCACUUGUACAGCACAAAUCUACGAUUCUAAUACAUGUAUUCGCAUCAAUGUCACACUAGGCAUUGAGGAUGGGUGUAGAUGGGCAAAAAAGGUCAAGUAUGGAUUCUUCAGCCCAUCAUGUCUAUACUGAGCAUUUUGCCCAUCCACAUCCAUCCAACUUGCCUACAUACAUUCAAACCACUCUGGCCUUUUACCUCUUCUCACUUGCCUAUCACUUCCCUCUGGAUCCCCUCCUCCUUUCCUUGCUCCCAUGGUCCAUCUCCUUUCCUAUCAGAUUCCUUCUUCUCCAGCCCCUUACCUUUCCUACACACCUAGCUUCACCUAUCACCUUCCAGUGAGCCUCCUUCCCCUCCCUACCUUUUUAUUCUGGUGUCUUCCUCCUUCACUCUCAGUCCUGAAGAAGGGUUUUGGCCUGAAAUAUCAACUGUUUAUUCAUUUCCAUUGAUGCUGCCCGACCUGCAGAGUUCCUCCAGCAUUUCGUGUGUGUUACAUAAGGAGCAUAUCUGUUUAUACCUUGCGAGCAACACACAAAAUGCUGGAAAAAUUCAACGAGUCAGCCAGCAUCCAUGGAGGGAAAUGGACAGUCUACGUUUUCAGCUACUAAGUUCUUCAAGCUUUUUGUGUGUUUCUGCAGAUUGCAGCAUUUGCAGCUUCCUGUGACACCUUUUUUACACCUUUCCUAUAUAGUCAUUAUCAUCAUUAUUAUGUGCCACGUCAUAUAACAUGGGCGAUCAUAGUUUAUCUUUGACCAUGAUUAUUCUUGGCAAAAUUUUCUACAGAAGUGAGUUGCCAUUGCCUUCUUCUGGGCAGUGUCUUUACAAGACCGGUGACCCCAGUCAUUAUCAAUACUCCUCAAAGAUUGUCUGCGUGGCGUCCAUGAUUGCAUCACCGGGACUUGUGAUAUGCACCAACUACUCAUAUGACUAUCCACUACUUGGACACAUGGCUUCGUGUGGCCCUGAUUGGGGGGGCUAAGCAGGUGCUAUACCUUUCUCAAGGGGACCUGCUGGAUAGCAGAGGGAAAGAGCACCUUACACUUCCUUUGGUAGAGACUUAUCUCCACCCUGGCACCCAUCCUUUGUCUGUCUAAAUACCCCUUAAUAAGCCAUUUCUCUUACCUCCAGCACCUCCUGGGACAGCACUCUUUGCAAGUGACUCCCUCAUCUGGGAAGAGCAAGGGAGGAUACCCAAGGGGAUUAGAGAGCAUGAGAAGCAGGCCACCAAAACCUUUUAUGGCAAUGUGAUACUGCAAACAAAACCAAAUACCUGUACCUUUUGAAUGUUGUUAACAAUGACUGGAGCCAUUUCAUAGAAUCAGGCCCAAAAAGAAGUGCAAUAGGGAAUUAAAGUGUACAAGAUAACAAUAGGCAUAGAUUAAGAUUUUUUUCCUAGGGCAAAAAUGGCUAAAACAAGUGAGCAUAAUUUUAAGGUGAUUGGAGGAAAAUGUCGGAGAUAAGCUUUUUAUACAGAGUGGUAGGUGUGUAGAAUGCUCUGCCAGGGGUGGUGGGAGAGGCAGAUACAUUAGGGACAUUUAAGAGACUCUAGGAUAGGCAGAUAGUUGAUAGAAUAAUGGAAGCUAUAUAGGAGAGAAUGUUUAGAUUGAUCGUAGAGCAGGUUAAAAGGUUGGCACAACAUCAUGGGCUGAAGAGCACAUAGUGUGCUGUAAUGCAAUUCUCUUCGGUUACAAUUCAAAACUAAAUUAAUAAAGUCAUCAACAAGUUGUUUAUAUAUCAAUUCAUCUGAAUCCUCAUUUCAGCACCAGAACCUGAUGCAUUUUUACCGAAUGUGUGGCAUCAGCAAGCACACAGUUCCACUGGCUGUUCACAUUCCAACCAUUUGUGCACCUGGAUCAAAUAAUAUUGUGUUAACAGCAUGUUCAAAUGGCAAAGAUAAGACAAUCAUUCUAAGGAAUACAGGAACUGUCUUCAGUGUAUGAGGAGCGAGAGAGAAAACUGAUGAUUUCUGCCAUGAUCUCAUUUACAAAGCAGAUUUGAGCUCUAAAGGGUUCUAGGGUCCAUGCUGCUUCUAUACCGUACAUUAUUGUGGAUAGUCUUUGUGAAUAACAUUGUAUGUCUUUUGUAUUUGCUCUAUUCUUCUGCCUAGAGCUGCUGCCCUACUGUAGCCUUUAACUAUCUGUAAUAAUUUCCAGAACUUCUCCCGUGACUGGAUGUCACAGUCUUCCUUUUCCCUGUGGGAAUGCUACGCAUUGCAUACUGCACAUUUGGAAAACCUCACUAUGCUCUAUUGACACCUAUUAAGUGCCUAUUUAGAUCAUUUAAUGACUCAGGAACAUUUUUUUCAAGUUUCCUCUGAUAAGACUCACAUGAAGAGAUAUUACAAAAGUCAGUAAGGUUCUUUCCUGAAAAUUCAUUAUGUUCUCAGAGCAGCAAGAGGAAUUUCAACCCUGCAAUGUUUAUAUUGUACAUACUAAUACCAUAUAUUUAUUGUAAGAAAAGCAGCGAAGAAAUACUCCAUUUUAUUUAUACAUUAUUAUAAAUGUUUUUAUCAGAUGUUUGUCAUUACCAUCUGAUGUAAUUAUAAUUAUUUCUCACAAAAUUUGCUAUUUUUUGAUCACAUUUUCAACUGUAUAAAUGGAAUUACAGUGGAUUCCGGUUAAUUGGGACACAUAUAUUUUGGCCCAGUUAAGCGGCUGCCCCAAUUGGCCAAAGUUUCAUGGAAGCAGUUAAAAAGAUAUAAAGUAGGUAAACUACCAUUUAACUAAGUAACAGAUUAUGUACUUAAAUGAAAUACAGAACAAAUUAGAACACUACCAAUACUACUACAGUACCAUAAAAAGGUGCAUUAGUUUGUAACAGUAAUCAAUGGAGGAAUUCACCCAGUGUAUGCUGCCGUGUUCUUUACAUUGACUGUAAAUGAACAAAAUCAACGCGGACACCGAGGGUCACAAACACUAGGGAUUGCCCUGCAGACACCUAGGGUAAUUUUUUUCGGCUAGUGUCAAAACUUUUCAUGGCAUUUGGUAAGGGUCUGAAAACUUCUAAAUACAAAAUUUUAAAAAAAUCAAAAAAUCACUGCUUUUUAAAUUGGCAUCUGUUGACUCAAAUGGUCAACAUAACACAAGCACACACAUGCAUUUUACACUGUUUAAAAACUGUUCACUCUUAACAUGUCUACAGAAGCGGACACAACUGACGCUAGUUAGAAACUGUUCAGCAACAGUCUCCUGCCCCAAUUCAGUGGCAUGGUGGCCCAAAUAAACAAAAGGAAUCCCAACUAUUUUCUCGGUUAAUUUUUGUUCUUUAAGACUUGCCCCAAAUAAGCGGCUGCCCCAAUUAACCAAAAGUCCAAUAAAGUGAAUCCACUGUAGUUUGCAUCUUGCCACACUGUGUUAAGCUGUUUGAAUCCUACAACUAUCUUCAUUUGGAAUAUAUUAUCAGUCAUGUAAGAUGAAAGAUGUACAUAGUUAAUAACACAUUUGGGGAUAAGACUACAUUGUUUGGUAUUAGCAACAAGGAUUGGUUGGAAAUUUGUCUCUUGAACUGAUCAAUUAAAAUAAUGACCAUUAGGAGAUCCCAUGAAUGUCUUUGUUGCUCAUAACACACAAUGCUUUAUCCCCCAUUUUAUAGCAAACUUCUGCAUCUCAAUUACAUGCUUGCUGUUAUAUUGAAUUGAUAUUCUCAUGUAA